AUGGCGAAAUAUCAUAUUUGUUUGGUUUUGGUUUCUUUGGCAGUGUUUAUUCCUACUUUGCAUGCCAAUGUGUUAGAGAAAGAUGAGUUUUGGCAGGAACAAGUCAAGGCGUUUACUCCAUAUUGGCAAGAGAGGGCAAAAGUUGCAAAAAUUGACAAUGAAGCAGCUUAUUUUGCAGAUCCAUAUGCAGUCUCCGGCAACAUGACUUUUGCUGUUAGCGAACUCAUAGUUGGGAAUGAAGCACCACGAAGGAACUUGAAGGGACAAAAUGGUAAUGUGUGCACGGCCACCAACCCCAUUGAUAGGUGCUGGAGAUGUGAUCCCAAUUGGGCUAAGAACCGCCAGAAGCUUGCAGAUUGUGUUCAAGGGUUUGGCAGAAACACUGUUGGUGGAAAAGGUGGGGCAUUCUAUGUGGUGACAGAUCCCUCAGAUGAAGAUUUGGUGAAUCCAAAACCAGGUACUCUUCGACAUGCAGUUACACGUGAUGUGCCAUUGUGGAUCAUCUUUUCCCGCAGCAUGUUGAUUUCCCUCCAACAAGAACUCAUAAUGAAUAGCAACAAGACCAUUGAUGGAAGAGGAGUUGAAGUUUACAUUGCUAAUGGCGCUGGCAUUACCGUCCAGUAUGUCAAGAACAUCAUCAUCCAUGGGAUUAAAAUUUACAACAUUCAAGCUUAUGGUGGUGGUUUGAUCAGAGAUUCUGAGACACAUUAUGGUAUAAGGACUAGGAGUGAUGGUGAUGGAAUUUCCAUCUAUGGUGCUAGCAAUGUUUGGGUUGACCAUGUUUCCAUGAGAAACUGCACAGAUGGACUAAUUGAUGCCAUCGUGGGAUCCACUGCCAUUACCAUUUCCAAUAGCCAUUUCACAGACCACAAUGAGGCGAUGCUGUUUGGCGCAAGUGACAGCUAUGAUGAUGAUAAGAUCAUGCAGAUCACUCUUGCAUUCAACCACUUUGGCAAGAGAUUAGUCCAAAGGAUGCCAAGGUGCAGAUGGGGUUUUAUCCACGUGGUUAACAAUGACUACACCCACUGGGAAAUGUAUGCCAUUGGUGGAAGCAAGAACCCUACCAUAAUUAGUGAGGGCAACCGAUUUAUUGGUCCUAACAACAUUUUUGCUAAGGAGAUUACAAAGAGGGAAUACUCACCAGAGAACGUGUGGUCAAGUUGGCAAUGGAGAUCAAUCAACGAUGAAUAUAUGAAUGGAGCAUUUUUUGUACAAUCUGGGCCAGAGCUUACAAACAGGCCAUUCUCAAGGCAAGACAUGAUAACAGCUAAGCCUGGGAGCUAUGUUGGAAGGCUCACACGCUAUGCUGGUAGCCUUAGAUGUAGAGAGGGCAGUCUUUGUUAG